GCCAGGCUUGCUGCGGCAGGUUGAAAGUGCAAAGUGGCUGUGCGCCUGCGCGAUCGGGGUCACUCCGCUGGCGGCCCCGGGCUCCCGGCUGCCCGCCAUCUUGCAUCGGGGCUUCAUUGUUCGCCUUGGGCCAGGCGGUGGGGUGUCAUUGCCGCCGAGGAAGGAGGCGGAGUAACCUCCAGUCACGAAGAAGCCCCGCUAUUCCGCAGCCAUAGCUGCUCAGAGGAUUUGGGAGGUAGUAAAGGGCAGGGAGCUGGAUCCGGAGGCACCGCCGCGACCGCAGCAGCCAUGGAGGACGAGAUGCCCAAGACUCUAUAUGUUGGUAACCUUUCCAGAGAUGUGACAGAAGCUCUAAUUCUCCAGCUCUUUAGCCAGAUCGGACCUUGCAAAAACUGCAAAAUGAUUAUGGAUACAGCUGGGAACGAUCCCUAUUGUUUCGUGGAGUUUCAUGAGCAUCGCCACGCAGCUGCAGCGCUAGCUGCUAUGAAUGGGCGGAAGAUAAUGGGUAAGGAAGUCAAAGUGAAUUGGGCAACGACCCCCAGCAGUCAAAAGAAAGAUACAAGCAGUAGUACCGUUGUCAGCACACAGCGUUCACAAGAUCAUUUCCAUGUCUUUGUUGGUGAUCUCAGCCCAGAAAUUACAACUGAAGAUAUAAAAGCUGCUUUUGCCCCAUUUGGAAGAAUAUCAGACGCCCGAGUGGUAAAAGACAUGACUACAGGAAAAUCUAAGGGAUAUGGCUUUGUCUCCUUUUUCAACAAAUGGGAUGCUGAAAAUGCCAUUCAACAGAUGGGUGGCCAGUGGCUUGGUGGAAGACAAAUCAGAACUAACUGGGCAACCCGAAAACCUCCAGCUCCAAAGAGUACAUAUGAGUCAAAUGCCAAACAGUUAUCAUAUGAUGAGGUUGUAAGCCAGUCUAGCCCAAGCAACUGUACAGUCUACUGUGGAGGUGUUACUUCUGGGCUAACAGAACAACUAAUGCGUCAGACUUUUUCACCAUUUGGACAAAUAAUGGAAAUUCGAGUCUUUCCAGAUAAAGGAUACUCAUUUGUUCGGUUCAACUCCCAUGAAAGUGCAGCACAUGCAAUUGUUUCUGUUAAUGGUACCUCCAUUGAAGGUCAUGUUGUGAAAUGCUACUGGGGCAAAGAAACUCUUGACAUAAUAAAUCCUGUACAACAGAAUCAGGUUGGAUAUCCACAAGCUUAUGGCCAGUGGGGCCAGUGGUAUGGAAAUGCACAACAGAUUGGCCAGUAUAUGCCUAAUGGCUGGCAAGUACCUGCGUAUGGGAUGUAUGGCCAGCCAUGGAACCAGCAGGGGUUUAAACGCCAUCUUCUGCACCGUGGAUGGGACCAAAUUAUGGCAUGCAGCCGCCUCCAGGCCAGAACGGCAGCAUGCUCCCCAGUCAGCCUGCCGGGUACCGAGUGGCGGGGUAUGAGACCCAGUGAGAAAAGACUCCAGGAGCUCAAGCCAAUGGCUUGAGGCUACAGGGAGUAUAGGAAAGCGGUUGUUUACUUAAAGGAUUUAUCAAAUCAGCCAGUGCAAAUGUCAGAUACAAUGUAUUUAUUUAAAAGAUUCAUUUUUUUUAAAUCAUGAAAUUACUUAUCAUCCACGUUGUUUUAAAAAGAAACAAGAUGCUGGAUGUCUACCAACUUUUGCCUUCAUUACCUUUUUUGAUAAAGUUUCUCAGAUCCUUGUUUCAAAUACAAAUGCAGGGAUUGCUGCCACUUUUUAAAAAUGAAGAGGCAGAAAAUUGCACAAUGUUGAACUUUCCUCCACUAAAGUAGUAUGCAGUUCUAGUUUGCAUUCCUGAUAUGAUUUAAAACAUGUAAUAUAAAGAUGCAAAAAAACAGACAAACCAAAACUGUGCGGAGUCUGGAAGAUCUUUGUCAUCUUCAGCUUAUGCACAAUUCUGUUCUAGGUUAAAAAAAGAAAAAAUAUUGUUUGAGCUAUCCCAUUUCCACUGCUAACCCCUUGGGAGUUUUUAAACUAUAUAAAUUAUUAGUUUACAUCUUUUUUGUAUCUACACUUUUUUCACAAAUUUGUCUUGCCUUAUUAAAUUUCUGUAAGAUACACUGAAACAGAAAACAAUGAUGUUCACUUAGAUUGACUACUUUUCUCAGAGGGAUUGAUAAUUGAAUUCGUCUUGUUUUAUAUGAGAAGGUGCCUCAAGAAUUUCCUGUUGGAUUUGUUUAAAAAAGGAUUUUUAUCUUCUGUGUACCGGGAACUGUAAGAACAAAAACUUAUUACUAAAGAAAAACCUCUGAAAUGUGAUAAGUUCUUAUGCCGUGUUAAUUUCAUGUGUCAACUUCUACAUUUACCUGUAUUGUUUUAUUAUGUAAAAUGUUUUAGCAGGUUAAUACUUUGCACAGGUAGCAAACUUUGUGUGUCAUUUCCUUGUUAAAGGCAUCAUGCAGAUUUGACAUGAGAUUGAUAAGGUUUUCAGCUGUUUUGCAUGUGAACAUCAAAUACAUACUUCGAUAGUCUU